UACAAUUUUCUAUAGUGGAUUUUGUUCUAUGGAGACAAAAUAACUAACUUGAAGUGACUUUCAGAAGAGUUGUGUCGAAAAUAUAUUUUUAUGUAUUUGGGAGUGCAGUCAUUUGAAUGAAGAAAUAUGUAUUUGUUUGCUUUAAGAGUUUUGUUGCCCUUUUAAAAACAGUCUCAUUUGUAUAAUUGUUUCUCAGUCCAAACGAAGAUUUAUCGUUCAAGUUUGACCUGCAUAUGAUACCGUAAGGUUUUCACAUGUUAUUGCAGCAGCCUCACUGACAGUUAAUCGGAAGUGCGGAUAUUACCUUGUACAAGAAUGCCUCUCUUUGGUAAAUCUCAGAAGAGUCCGGCUGAGGUUGUGAAGGCUCUCAAGGAAGCAGUCAAUGCUUUGGAGAGAGGCGAUAAAAAAGCUGAAAAGGCCCAGGAGGACGUCAGCAAGAACCUGGUGCUCAUCAAGAACAUGCUGUACGGCACGUCCGACGCGGAGCCGCAGGCGGACAUCAUCGUGGCCCAGCUGGCCCAGGAACUGUACAACAGCAACCUGCUGCUGCUACUCAUCCAGAACCUCAACAGGAUCGACUUCGAGGGGAAGAAAGACGUGGCUCAGGUCUUCAACAACAUCCUGCGACGCCAGAUCGGGACCCGGUCGCCGACGGUCGAGUACAUCUGCACCAAGCCCGAGAUACUGUUCACCCUGAUGACCGGCUACGAGCACCAGGAGAUAGCGCUGAACUGCGGCACCAUGCUGCGGGAGUGCGCCCGGUACGAGGCCCUGGCCAAGAUCAUGCUCUACUCCGAGGACUUCUUCAACUUCUUCACGUACGUGGAGGUGUCCACCUUCGACAUUGCGUCCGACGCGUUUUCCACCUUCAAGGAGCUGCUGACGCGCCACAAGAUGCUGUGCGCGGAGUUCCUGGAGCAGAACUACGAGAAGGUGUUCUGCCACUACCAGCGGCUGCUCAACUCUGAGAACUACGUGACGCGGCGCCAGAGCCUCAAGCUGCUGGGGGAACUGCUGCUGGACCGACACAACUUCACGGUAAUGACAAGGUACAUUUCCAAUCCGGACAAUCUUAAACUGAUGAUGAAUAUGCUGAGAGAGAAAUCCAGGAAUAUUCAGUUUGAAGCCUUCCAUGUUUUCAAGGUGUUUGUGGCGAACCCCAACAAACCGAAGCCGAUCCUGGACAUCCUCCUGCGGAACCAGGAGAAGCUGGUGGAGUUCCUGACGAGAUUCCACACGGACCGCUCGGAGGACGAGCAGUUCAACGACGAGAAGGCGUACCUGAUAAAGCAGAUCCGGGAGCUGCAGCCUCCGGCCAGCCACUAGCGGAGGCCCCCCGCGGUCGCUUGUCCGGUGUGUCUCUCUCGCCCCGGGACAGCGUCGCAUGGUCGCGGGGACGCUCUUGACCCUCCUCGCGGGACGGGCGGGCCCGCCGGCAGUCCCGGCCAUCGCGAGGCGCUGUCCGCCCAUUCCGAAUGUUCUCGUCAGCCGGCGUGGCGCGAGCCACCCUAGCAGAUCGUACCGGCUCACUUGCAUACCUACUUGUCUGAUGUAAUUUUUCGUUGUCACGUAGUCGCUGGAGUUCACAGAUGGGUUGUCAGCUUCGUUUCGUACGCACCUAGUUCCGACACGCGCUCACGCUCUUCGGUGGCCGCGGGAACGCGUCUCCACGGUUCCCGGGGCACUUCAUUCCAUGAUCGUCGGCAAACCAAGGCGAGGAUGGGGCAAUGGCAUUUUCUGAUUUGAAGUGCUUGAUGAAUGUUUAUUUCUUGAGUUUCCUUGUAAUCUGUUGGGCUUUUUAUCUGUACAUACUGCUAUUGUUAUAUUUUAACUGUAAUGUUGUUUGAUAAAAUUAAUUUAGAGUGACUGCAUAUGAAA